AUGUAUGGUGUGAUUCGCAAUGCUUCAAAAUAUGUUCUAGGAGAAGCAUCUGUCAGAUUUCUUGGACAUAUUGUGUCAGCAGAGGGCAUUUCUCCAAUACCAAUGAAAGCUGCAGCUAUUUUGAACUUUCCAAAACCAGAAACCAUAAAAGAACUUCGUAGGUUUCUAGCAAUAUGCAAUUUUUAUAGGAGAUUUAUACUUCAAACUGCCAGGAUACAGGCAGCAUUGAAUGACUGUUUUAAGAGGGUCAAGAAAAAUGACAGAACAGCCAUCAGCUGGUCAGAAGAGGCUCUGUGUUUGAGAAGUGAAAAAAGGUUCUGGCAGAGGCCACAAUCCUGGGCCACCCAGCAACAGAUACGGUUGGUGCUGCUUCAUCAGCACCUACGGACACUGCGGUUGGUGCUACAGUGCAUAUGA